AUUUCGCGUGCAGACGGUUUACAGUUGAAAAUGGAAGCGGACGCUCUAGAAAAUGACGGGCGAUUAGGCCUUCUGCCGUCGCAUGGCAAGAGCAACACGAUAUCGGUUGACGAUGACGUUAAACAGGCCGAUUUGUUAAUUAUUCCAGAGGAACAAAUACCAAUCGAAAAUGACAUUUGUAUAGGCCUGAAAUGUGAUCGGCAUCGUGAAUGUGGUGCGGAACACGCAUCACGAACAGGUGGUGAGCAGGUGAACAUCUUUGAUGAAAUUGGAUAUUCGUCGUUUGAAAAUGAGUAUCACAUAGAAUCCGAUUUAUUGUAUCUUCUACAAGAUGAAGAUGCUGAUCUAGCGCGACGAGUUGGAUUAAUUCGACGAACCCAAGUUGACAGAACACCUAUAAUACCUGACAGAAAAGCUAUGAGGGUACUUCUACGUCACAUCUAUGACGUCACUGGAGAAGUAUAUGAAGACAUCCCAACGAAAUAUCGCACGUCACAUGUCAGUCUAGCGAUUUACCUAAAGCUGUGCACCCGCUUGCCAGGCAGACGAAUGCAUUCCGUUACAUAGGAGCAUCACUUGUGUCAUGCUGAGCCGGAACAUGACGCUCGUGUUCGUGCCAUCAGAUCUACAACUUCAUGACAUAGAUAAAUCGGCUUCAAAUCAAAAUGGACAAAAACUGUCUUUCACCUUGCAUAAUUAUCUCUACUGAACCAAAUCUAACAAUACAAUGGAAAUUCUGCAUUUAUAGCGCUCCUAUCUAGUUAAGUGUAAAUUCUAAGAAAAGAACGAAAACCGUAAUUAAAAUUUGUCUUCUUC